AUGACCAUGGACCUGAGGGUGCUCUUGUAUUGUCAUGCCAAGAACAGGACCUUCGAUGACGCCGUCGUUAAGAAGUACCUCGGUCACACUGUUGCAGCCAUUCUAUUGUGCCAUCAAAGAAGAGUUCUGCACCACGACCUCAAGCCAGCCAACGUGCUUGUCGACGGAAACGGCGACCUCAAGGUGACCGACUUCGGCUUGUCCCGUGCCUUUACGCAACCAGAGCUCAUUUUCCCUCACAAAGUGGGCACCCACUGGUACCGUGCACCGGAGAUGCUCUUGGGUGCCAGUCGUUACUCGACACUGGUGGAUGUGUGGAGUAUCGGGUGCAUCUUUUUCGAGCUUCUGACCGGCAAAACUCUGCUACGUGGGGAUUCGGCGAUUGACCAGCUGUUCCGAAUCUUCUGCUUCGUGGCUAUACACCGACAGUACAGAGCUAGCCCGAAGUUAUGCAGCUGA